UCUGCCGAAUCGGCCGAUACGAUGUUUAAAAAUCUGUAACUGUCUGUCUGAGUGUCUGUUCGGUUAAUAGUAUUCGCUGUGUCUUAGCUCUCCGCGGUGUGUAGUUCGUGGAUUCGCGUCAGAAUUGUUGAUAGGCACUUCAUUUAGUUUUCAGACAGCCUUACCCCUUUUGUUCUCGCCCGGCGCAAGAUUCUACGCUCAAACGUUCUUUAAUACUAUUAAGAAAUGGCAACUCUUGAAAAAUUGAUGUUGGACAAAAUUCUUAUGAAGAUGAAAAGGUUCAACAUGCAUGAACUUAAACAGCUAUUCAAAAUCUUACAUUUGAACCUGGAAUGGGAAGAUAUUAUCAAUAUAGUAUCCGAAUGCCGUUUGCGUUUAAGUGUUGCAAAUGUUGUGUCAGUAGUACAUCAGCAUUUAAAAGAUAGUGAUUUUAUUGAUGAAACAUAUCAUCGAGUUUUGUUACUGGACACCAUAUUCCAUCAAAAUAGUCAGUGGUGGACAGUGACUAUUGAUAAAGUUAACAAGCAGUUGUUGGACAAAGAGAUAAUUAGAAAUAAUAUUGAGGCCAUGUUAAACAAAUUAAAUAUUAAAGCAAUUACAUAUGUUAUGAAGUGUAAUAAAUUGUUUUGGGUGUUAAUAGAUAUUAAUGAAACAAAAAGAAAACAAACCACUGUGAAAUUAAACAAUCCAUAUUUUUUCACCAUAGCUCCGGGAAAAGUGUUCCAUAUUUUUCACAAACCUCAAAAUAUUGAUAAUAGACUGUUGAAAAUUGUUAUAAAAUCAGUCGGAGCCAGUAAAUGUAAGCCAUACUCGCUCUCAGGCAAACAUCUGCCUUCAAUGGUAAGUUUGUUGGAAGACAAAAAUAGAGGUAAUGAAAAAAGCAAGGAAUUACCAACUUUGGUUAACAAUUACAAGGAAGAAGACGUUCAAGAAUAUGUGCAACAACUAUUUGGGGAAAAAUGUCGGGUACUUAACGAGUUUACAGUAAACGUGGAAAGUGAUAUGUCAGUGUUCAGCAAUAGCAAUCCAGCCGGUAAGAUGUGCAAAACCAAAGUGGUGCUUAAAGGUGAAAGUAUAUUAGAUGGUGUUAAAGACAUGAUGUUGUCAGGUGUAUUGCAACCACCAUAUCCAGAUUGGGUUACAAAGCUACCAGUUUUGGGUAAAAAUAGUGUAAAUAUUAAUGUACGACCUUAAAAUAAUGUAAUUAAUAAAUAAUAUAUCAUAGUUUAGUAUUUAUUUAAUUAUUAAUUAAUGUAUGACAAUUUCAUAUUAUUUUGUAUGAAAGGCUCUCCUGUAAAUACACAUUCAUUUUAUCUAGUGCGAAGUUCAAAUUGUCUUUAUUCACUACUUAUCAUAUAAAAUCAUCCAUUUGUUUGUGAUAUAGUUAUUUAAUUAAAUGUAUAAAAUAAUUUGUGUACAGUUAUAAAAAUAAACUUGUGGUUAAUA